GCUGGCAAUUUGCAUUGCAACAGUUUGUGACGUUGGACAAGCUGCAAUGACAUGUUUACAAAACAUAAUAAUAAACAGUAUUCUAUCUACGUCGUGAUUUGUUUCUGAAGUUGCUUUCUUUGUCAGCUGUUUUGUUAAGUUAUAUCCUGUUAACGUUCAUUUGUACAUAUAAUCUAUUACAGUAAGUUAUUGUAAAAAAAAUAUGCUCAAACAUGGAUGCCAUGUUUGAUAUAUGCUACCUUUCGCCUGAUGGAAAUAACGUUGAACCUGAUGAUAUUCCUAAAACAAAAGACAAUGUUUGGAUACUGGGUAAAAAAUACAGCGCGGUUCAAGAUCUAGACCGAAUUAGGCGUGAUAUAAGUUCCAUCAUCUGGUGUACAUAUAGAAAAGGAUUUGUCCCUAUAGGGGAUGAGGGUCUCACGUCGGACAAAGGAUGGGGUUGUAUGUUACGAUGUGGACAGAUGGUACUUGGAGUAGCUCUUGUGAGAAUACAUUUAUCCUCAGAUUGGGUAUGGACUCCAGAAACAAGAGAUCCAACAUAUUUAAAAAUAGUUCAAAGAUUUGAAGAAAGGAAACAAGCACCAUAUUCAAUUCAUCAGGUUGCAUUGAUGGGGGCUUGUGAAGGAAAGGAAGUUGGUCAAUGGUUCGGACCCAAUACUGUCGCACAAGUGCUCAAAAAACUAGUUGUAUAUGAUAAAUGGAGUUCCCUGGUCAUCCAUGUUGCAUUAGAUAAUACUGUUGUUAAAGAAGAUAUCUUGCAACAAUGCAUUGUGAAUAACGACAGAGGGGACUCAUCAAAUAACCCAGACAAUAUUAUUGUGUCAGAUUGGAUGCCACUGUUAUUAAUAGUACCUCUUAGACUUGGACUAAGCGAAAUCAACCCUGUAUAUAUUGAUGGACUAAAGAUUUGCUUCCAAUCGCCGCAAUCAGUUGGUGUGAUUGGCGGUAAGCCCAACCAGGCUCUGUACCUUAUAGGUUGUGUUGGCGAUGAAGUUGUGUACUUAGAUCCACACACAACACAACGGUCCGGCUUAGUUGAGAAUAAAAUAACAGAUGAACAGAAGGAAAUGGAUUGCACAUAUCAUUGUAAAUAUGCUUCGAGAAUACCUAUGCUCUCCAUGGAUCCUUCGGUUGCUGUGUGCUUCCUUUGUCGAACGAAACGAGAUUUUGAUGAGUUAUGCAUAACAAUAGAGAAUAAAUUAAUGCAAGAAAGCCAACCUCUAUUUGAAAUUUGUGAAAAGCGACCUGCUCAUUGGGGACCAAGUAUUAACGAUAUUGAUUUGCAGAACACCACACUUUUCACAGAGUUUGAGGAAGUGGAUCGGCAGUUUGAUGAUUCAGAUGAUGAAUUCGAGAUCCUUUGAAGCAACGAGAAUAAUAUAUAUGUUAAUUAUCAUCACAAUGAAAUUUGUUUUUGUUUCACAAUUUAUGUUUGAGUGCAGUGCAAAUGCAUUUUGUGUUCUUUAGUUUUUUUUAUGUAUGUAGAUAAUUUUUAUGUUAAAUGAUUCUUUUUUUAUGGAAUGAAUUUUUUGUAGAAAUGAUACGAUCAAACCAUUAUUGAUCACUGUAUGAAAUUUAAAUGUUACUCGAUAUAACGCACUGGUAAAAAUCAAUAUAGAUUGAAGCUAUUGUGCCUAAGAAAAUAUUAAUAAUAAAUAUUGCUAUAUUUUAUAAGCAGUUCUGAUUUACAGUGCCUUUUGAAAUAUUAAAAUGACGUGUAAUAUUAUAUAAAUAAGCUCCUGGAUUUGUAGAUUUGAAUAAUUUUCACAAUUCGAAUGCUUAUGCUAUACCUUCUUAUUGCCAACUCUAGUCAUGGUGUAAAUAGGCAAGAUAAUAUGUAUUACUGCCUUAGGUCCGCCCAAUUUACUCGCGUUUCGCAGCUAAAAUUUAAAAUAUAACAAGUACAAUUGUUCGCAACAAUUAAGUCUUAAGUAUUUUCAGUUUUAAUCUUUUCAUAAUAUAUAUAAUUUAUCUAGGUACUAAGACCUUAUUUAAUGAUAAGGAGCCAAACCACAAAAAUACCAAAAUUGAGUAUGUCAGCAUACUAACAUACAGAUUUCAUAUUACUCGAGGCUCAGUAAAUAUAUACGAGCUUUAUAAAGAUAUAAUAAUUUAAUGACAAAGAGCACCAAAUGACCAUUCCAAAUCAGCUACAACACACAGAAAAUAAAAACUAAAUAUAUAUUCAAAAAUAUAAUAACUUGAUAUUUUUAUUUUAUAUAAUAAAACAAGCCGAUAUUGCGUUUUGGUUUUAUAAUCAAUAAAUAAAUAUGUCGUUAGUUUCAAGGUGAAAUAU